GCUCCGUGACCACAGUCCGUUUGAGGGAGUCAACCGAAUCGCACACAUCGUACUCUCUGCUCGACAAUUCUAUCAAGUUAGAAAUAGAAACAAGCCAAACGAAAAUGUUUUGUGCCUUAUCAACGUUCCUAACAGUUAUUGGCUUCUAUGCCCUGGCCUCUUAUCUCUACGAACAGCUUAGAACGCCGUACAAAUUGCUGAAACUCAGGUAUUUCAGCGAUAAUAGACCCACCCUCAAGGAGCGUUACGGAGAUUGGGCCGCUGUUACGGGAGCCAGCGAUGGGAUAGGCAAGGAAUACGCCAAGGAGCUGGCCCGCCAGAACAUCAAUGUGGUUCUGAUCGCCAGGAAUGAGGAGAAACUGCAGGCGGUUGCCAAGGAAAUUGCAGAAGCUGGUUCCAAUGUGCAGACAAAGAUUGUGAUCGCUGAUUUUACUAAGGGCUCUCAGGUCUAUGAGCAUAUAGAAAAAGAGACAGCCGAUGUGCCCAUUUCCAUACUUGUUAACAACGUUGGAACCGGCAGGCCGUCAUCUAUUCUGAAAUGGAGCCAGACGGACACCCAGAAUAUACUCGACACCAAUGUGGUGGCCGUUUCCCAUUUGUCCCGGGUCUUCUUCCAGCGCAUGAAGGCGUCCAAGAUCAGGGGAGCCAUUGUGAAUGUCAGUUCCGGAACGGAACUCCAGCCCCUGCCCUAUGGAGCAUACUAUGCGGCAUCGAAGGCGUACACCCGCAGCUUCACCCUGGCUUUGUAUCACGAGGCCAGGCCAUUUGGAAUCCAUGUGCAGCUGUUGUCCCCCAAUUUCGUGGUCACCAAGAUUAAUUCGUACUCCAGGCAGAUCAUGAAAGGGGGUCUGUUCAUCCCAUCAGCAUCGGUCUAUGCCAAGAGUGCCGUGGAUCAGCUGAGGGACGGAGUGGAUGAGACUCCGGGUUACCUGUGGCACCAUGUCCAGAAUGCACUGGCCACCGCAUUCACCUGGCGGGCUCGAACUUAUGCCGCCUCUAGAAUGUUCAACAAAGUAUCGGAUAAAAAAAGGGAGCAGUAAAAUCUUUUUUUUUAAAUAUAUGAAAAUACAGCUCGAAGAUCCAAAAAUGUA